AUAUAUACAUCCUUAUACAUGCCUUAUGCAGUGCGGGAUAGCAGAGACAUGAUUGGAUUAAAACAUUACAUAAGCAUAAUAUGAUGGAAAUUCUGGAAUCGCCAGUGAAAAACCACGCGGGGUGAAUGUUAUUUGAAAGCAUCCCAGUCGUCAAAAGACCUUGUUUAGGUCAUUCCAAGAGCCUGGUGGUCAAUGCGUUCCCUUGAUACCCCCAAUGCAUCCCUCACUCGAGCACAUUGAUGCAUGUCUCCCAGUGGCUGCACUGAAGGUGCUCAGCCUGGGAGGUACCAACCUCAUCCUUCAGGGACAUGGUUCCUAUAUUCGUCUUAUUGAGGAUGAGACCGGGACUCUGCUGGCCCAACUCAAGACCUUCAAGCGAAAUAAUGUCCAUGGUUUCAUGGUCUUGCAGCAAAGCCAAGGACCGGAUGACACUGCCCAUGUUCAACUGAUCGCGUGGGGAGGCCAGUCCUUGAGAGGGGUUGACUUGAAUUUUGGUCCCAGUGCGUCUGGGGAAAGGCAAGCAAACCUGCAAGCCACGAGCGCCGAAUAUCUGGCGCCCGACUGGAUCCUCACCGGAUGCACGUCUGCUCCGGAAGAUGAUAGAGAGAAAGCCUUUGUAGUCACGGCUCAUAAUGCCAUCCUGGGAGUUCACAUCACGGAUCAUGAAUCCUCGAAGUAUGCGAAGAAGAUUCACGUCCGACAACUCGUGACCGGAGUCAAGUCGAUCCUUUACGCCGCAGAUAUUCUCGCGCUUUCCCCAUCUCAUGUCUUGAUCACGGCGGGGACUGCCUUUGGCGAGAUCAUUGUAUGGUCCUGUUUUCUUAAUGAGGAUAACUGGCUCGCCCAGGGAGCGGGCUCAAUCCACCACUUCUUCACUGGCCAUGAGGGGUCUAUCUUCGGAGUUCGGAUAUCUCCCCUCAUCACGUCCUUGCCGGGCCGUCCUACGGGGCGUUUACUGGCCAGCUGUAGUGAUGACCGGAUGGUGAAGUUAUGGGAUAUAUCGAAUUGUGAGCAAACGACUCGGCACGACCAUUCUCCUUACUCGACGGAUGGGUUUGAACUCCGUAGCACGGGAUUUGGCGAGCUACCCGCCCACGAAUCCUCCCUUGUGAGCUGUUUCGCCCACAACGCCCGGAUCUGGAGUGUACAUUUCCUGCCGCAGAUGACAGGGGAGCAGUGUGAGAUGAACCUAGUCUCGUGUGGCGAAGAUGCAACGUCGGUCGUGUGGGCUCUUCGAUGGGAACUGUCCCCGUCCCAGGAUACAGUAUUCAAGCUCAACGAGCUGUCCUCAGUUCACAACCACGCUGGGAAGCACAUCUGGUCAACGGAUCUGCAGACCAGCGGCCCGGUGACAACAGUCUACAGCGGCGGUUCGGACGGGGCUUUGAAGACAUUUCAAAUUGUUGCGGCCGAGGACGGCGCGGCGAUUUUGCCAAACAAGAACAACGUCAUCUCGAGCACAGUGGAUCUGCAAGACUCGAAAAUUCGCACCGAAAACAACAUGAAGGCCUUUGCUUUUGUCACCGCGGACUGUUUCAUUGGAACGACCACCCGAGGGCAAGUCCAGCUUGGUUGGAUUGGAACCCACGGGACCUCUGCCCAACAGCACAUACUCCAGGAAACAUUGACUACGGAAGAAGACCUGCGUUCCUUUGCAAUCAUCGCGACUCUACCGCAGAGUGAGCUGGCACUGCUAAGCAACGCUCGGGGCUUGAUACGGCUAUACACCCACAGAAACAAAACGCUACGUAACAUCACGGACAUCGGACAACGACCACAGAGGCUCUAUAUCCUAAACAGCAACCGCGACGUGGCCGGCUCAUCUGAGACCUUGACCUUCAUCGCAACAUACGUCUCCGGCGAGAAAGCUGAUCUGAUUACAGCCACCCUGAUGGAUAAUGGAGAGACGCACUUGGAUAAAACAACUCUGAUUCUUCCUCCUCACUUUGAGGUGUCUGGCGCAUCUCUCAUUCGUGACAAACAAUAUUUGGUCCUGGGAGCCUGGCAGGGCAAAAUCGCAUCAUACCGGGUUACCAGCUCAGAAACCCCCCUUACCUUCGUCUUUACACGAACUAUACACACGAGGGAGGUCGUGAACCAGGUUAUAUCAUUCGAGUCUCUCUACGGUGACGCUUGUCCGCCGUCGGGUUACUUUUUGACUUGCAGCCGCGGUGGGGACUAUCGGGUCCACGAGCUUCAGGUCGCAGAUGGAUCUCCAGACUCGGUGGAUGUGCAAACGGUCCAUCAGACAUGCCCAGCGAUAGACAUCGCCCUCGAAGGUGCAUACGUUGACAAGUCAUCCGGAGAUCUCAUGCUGUAUGGGUUCCGGGGUAUGGAUUUUAUCCUCUGGAACGAGACCAAGCAGUGUGAGCUUGCUCGGGCCUGGUGCGGAGGGCCGCGCCGCGUGUGGACCUUCCAGCCCGGCCGCGGAGACGGCACGGCCGGCAUGUUUCUGUGGAUCCAGUCCAGUCUCAAGAUCCUGCAGAUCCAACCGGAUUCCCAGCGGACUGUGCGGGCGGGUGGCCACGGCCGCGAGAUACAAACCAUGAGUGUUUGUCAGUCGACGGACGAAGGCACCAAGCUGUUUGCGACGGGCUCAGAAGACACCAAUAUUCGUAUCUUCGCUCCCAUCGAUCCGCAGAACCGAGUUCUCUGGGGCGCGUUCAAGUGUCUGCGCACGCUGCGGAAACACGACUCGGGGACACAACACGUCGCCUGGUCGCGAAGCGGGCAGUUCCUCUUCAGCAGCUCUGGAAGAGAGGAACUGUAUGUUUGGCGGAAUCGGAAGCUUCCCAUGUUCGGUCUGGCCACGGUCUCCGUGGCCCAAGCUCCCAAGGACGACCCCAAGUCUGAUCUGCGAAUAACCAGCUUCGACCUGCUUGAGGUAGAUGGCGAGGCCGAGGGGGAGUUCCUCCUUUGUCUGACAUACUCGAACUCCCAGAUCAAGCUCUUCCACUACUCUGCGUCCGGCGGCUUCACUCUCCUAUCCAAAGGCACCUACACGAGCAACUGUCUCACCCAAGCGCACUUCAUCCUCCGCGACUCAUCCCUUAGCCUAAUCACAGCCUCUACAGACGGACACCUCACGCUAUGGAACCUCACCCCUGUCAUCGAGCCCUUCUACACAGUUGGGUCCACCAUUCGCCUGAAACAGCCAAUCCACGCGACACCCAUCCACGCGGAGACGAUCAUCGCCUGCGAGAACCGCUACCAGGUUCACUCGAACAGCAUCAAGACCGUCGAGCUGGUUGAAAUCUCCACUACAGCAUCACUCGUCAUCGCCGGCGGCGACGACAACGCCCUGACGCUAUCUCUAGUGCGCACCAACUUCACUCACACCGACGGAGGGUCAAGCGACGCCAUCUCCACGGUCACCAUCCCCGACGCCCACGCGGCAUGCAUCUCGACGACGAAAGUCCUCGUGCAACGCCCGGCUGCGCACGGCGACGCUCUGCACAUCGUAUUUGCCUCGUCUGGGAACGACAACCGCGUUAAGCUUUGGCGGGCGGAGGUCGACGCCCGCAAAACUGCGGCGGACGGUGGCAUCCAGGUUCAGAACCUGGUUGACCAGUACAGCGCGGUGGAGGACAUCUCGUCUGUGGACGUGAUUCGUGAAGCAACCGGGGAGACGAAACUGCUGGUCUGUGGCGUCGGGAUGGAGCUGUUUAACGUGCCACAAAGGUUUCUCAACACGAAUUGAUUACAAUGUCAUGCAUAGAUU